AAUCGCGCAUGUCGCGAGCGAAGGGGAGGGACACAGUUGAAAAACCGCGUCGGCUCGUGUGAUGUUGCUGUGCGUGUCUCGCUUGUCUAAACAUCGCUAACGUCGUCCGAUCGUAGUAAACCGUUUGAAAGAAAUCCUCACACCUUCUACGUCGUCGGAUUGUCUGGUGCGGUACACAGUCUGCCCUUUGCCAUGGCUGAAGGGUCGUAUCAUCUCGGAGAUUUUGUAUAUAUGGAAGUCGAUCCAGCUCCAGCUCCGUAUCGGAUCUGUCGUCUGGAAGAACUGUCCAAGACUCCAGAAGGACGAAUCGAGGCUCUCGUAACGUGCAUGUUUCGAAGGCGUGAUCUCCCUCCGUCUCUUGCACAGAUGGCAGACAAGUUUGCUGCCGAUUUCGAAGAGAGUGACGACUGUCUGUGGUCAACGAGCCAUCUGGAUACUGUAUUGAAGCAUCAGUUGAGACACAGGGAGGUGUUUUUGUGUCGUGACUAUGAGACAUAUGAGAUUAGCUUGAUUAGAGGAAAGUGUUCUGUGACUUUGCUGUGUGAAGUGGAAACACCAGACCUUUAUCUCAAGAGACCCGAUGCAUUCUAUUACUCACUGGUUUACGACCCACAAGUAAAAACACUGCAAGCCGACAAGAACAACAUUCGUGUCGGCGACAAGUUCCAAGCAUUUGUUCCUGAUGCAACGUCUCCUAGUGAGGUCAGAGAGCCGGAAGCGAUGGCCUCACAGAUGUGGAAUCCUGUGGGAAUGUCACACAAAGAAAUCGAUCAGUUCAUGGUGUUAGCGAGGUCUGUAGGAACGUUUGCACGUGCUAUGAUCACAAGCAAGUCGUUUCAGCCGACUCUACACGCGAGUGCAGCAGCUGCAUCUCGUGACACGACACUGCUUCAUGCAAUGACGGUUCUUCAUCGUUCCAACUACGACCUCGGCUCCGCGGUCGGCUACCUCGUUCCCCAGGGUGGCCCCCUCCUGUGCAGAGACGAGAUGGAAAACUGGACGGCAGAAGAGGCCAACAUGUUUGAAUCAGCAUUGCAGUUGUGUGGGAAGGAUUUCUUUGACAUUCAGAGAGAUCACCUCAACUGGAAGAGCAUCAAGAGUAUUGUUGAGUAUUACUAUAUGUGGAAGACGAGCGAUAGAUACACGUACACGAAACAGCAGAAGUUAUUAGAGAGACAGAACAAACUGAGAGACUUUGCGAUUAAAAAGGCUCCGGGUCAUCCAGACAAUACAGGCGGUCGAGGUGGUGGAUCAACUGGCGGUAAUAGCCAUGGCUCGUCGAAUGCUUCGCCACAUCUGUCUUCGUCUUCAGUACCUGGUGAUGGCAGUCAUGGAGGGAUGAGCGGUCAAGGAGGAGUGUCAGGGGAGUCUGGACGUCAACAGUCGGGUGGAGGGAGCAACCAUAGUGGUGGGAAGAUGGCUCUCAUUCAGGGGAAUCGACCCUGUGAAUGCUGUCAAGCAAUGUUUUCUACUGCGUGGAAGAACUGGGGUCCCGGAGAACAUCGUCUCAAGUUAUGCAUAGAUUGUUGGGAUUAUUGGAGAAAAUAUGCUGGCUUGAAGUUUAUCACCAAAUGGGAGAACGUCAGACAAUCAAAGAUCAGUUCACUCGAGAACUACACGUGUCCACGAUGUAACAAGUUCUUUUCAAGGAAAGAACGAUUGGCAACACAUUUGCGAGAGCAAUGCUUUCAUCCAUUGCCAGCUGGGAGGAUCAAUCGUGUCAACCAUUCUAUUUAUCGCCUCUUUUUCAUGCGACCUAAGUCGUCUGUAUUCAUCGCUAGAAAGCUGCUUGGAGCUUCCGAGUUGAGACGAUGUGCAAUCGAACCAAGAAACUUAGUGAAUGUACCCAUGCUGAAGAGCAAAAGUUUCCCACCCAAGUGGAUUCCUGUAUGUCGACGAAUAAGGCAGGUUGUUGAGCCGGCGAGCGGUGACUUUGAUAUGAGAACUAUCUACUCAGUAGCUACAGUGUUUCAAGAUGUGAGUGAGUCUGGUGAUGGGAUGGGUCAUAGUCGUAGGCCUAUACAGAAGCUUCUUGAUUCUCCCACACUUGCUGCUCGAGAUGCCAGAAAACAGAAGAUUCGGACGCCGACAUCUACUGAGCCACCUCCACUAGGACAGUCACGUGAGAAGGCUAUGGCGGAUGCCAUGCUCAAGAUGCAUCAAGACAAACUGAAGAAGUCGGUCAACAAUCAUUCGCCAGUGACGACCACACCAGGGCAGUCAUUAGUGAGAGAAAUGGAGCAACGUGGAAGAGGACUCAAGCGUCCAGCUAUAAACAUAACUAAAGCUGAAAUUAUUCAAUCUCCUGUCAAGAAACUGAAGGUGACUGCUGGUACACCAUCGCUGCUGUCUCAGUCUCGAAUGCAGGAUCAACCAUAUCAGCAGGUCACGAUAUCGAAUUCAAAAGUCUUUCCUGCCGGCAGGAAGAAGUCAGUUGUUGAGAUUGACCUUCUCAAGCCAACCGCAGCUCAGCAGCAGUCAGCUGUUGCUGCCAACAGAUCGAAGAACGUUCGUGGACCAGACAAUGGGUAUCAUUAUCGCACGCCUGGUGGUGAACUGUUCUUUUUCAAAGUGCCAUUAAUGCAAAAACAGAACAGGGAGAGCCUUCGGAACAGAGGAAAAUUACGUAUUCUGGCCAGAGCACCAUGCAGUCGCAUUGCCACAAUGAAAUUAUCUCAGAACGGGACAAUGAUGAACGGCUCUCCUCAGCGUGCGGCAAAGCAGCAACUGAGCAAAAGAAAUCCGCCGGUAAUGGAGGAUGUGAUCGAUAAGAUGAAGCUCGACAUGCAGCCAAGACGUUCAGCUGGUGAUCUCAUAGCUGUGAAUUAGCAUCGUUUUAGAGCUACGAUUAUAGAUUAUAGUGUGGGUUGUAUUGUACGAGUUGCUAGGUGGACAAUACCUAAUUGAUACACAAUAAGUUGGUAUGGUAACCGGUACUGUGGAAACCGGUGUUUAGCGUGCUUGUUGUCAUUAAUAUCAAUCAUUAAUCAA